UCGUUCUCUUUCGUUCUUCUUUUCACGUCUCGUCGAGUUGUAUGAGAAGAAUGGCGGCGUCGACGAACAAGGAGAGUGCGCUGUUGCUGACUUUGGUGGCCUUGCAUCUGUCGCUAUUUUCUUCCUGUGUGUCUGCCCAUCCGCCUUCUUCUUCUUUCCCGCUGAGCCCCACUUUCUACGCUUACUCGUGCCCGAAUCUCUUGUCCAUCGUGAGAGGCGUUCUCUCUAGAGCUGUGGAGCGAGAGCCAAGGAUGGCGGCCUCGCUCCUCCGCCUGCAUUUCCACGACUGCUUUGUCAUGGGGUGCGAUGGAUCUGUUCUUCUCGACGACCAGCCGGGCUUCACCGGCGAGAAGACGUCCAAUCCGAACAGAAACUCCGCCAGAGGCUUUGAGGUUGUGGACGACGUGAAAGCCGCGGUGGAAAGCGCCUGCCCCGGAGUCGUGUCUUGCGCCGACGUGCUCGCUAUCAUCGCUGAGCAAAGCGUGGAACUGACUUACGGGCCUUCCUGGACGGUGCUCCUGGGACGUAGAGACAGCACCACAGCGAGCUUAUCCGGCUCUAACAACGAUAUACCACCUCCCACGUCCACGCUCGCCCAGCUUAUCGCCAGCUUCCAGCGGAAAGGACUCUCCGUGCAGGAUCUCGUCGCUCUGUCGGGCUCGCAUACCAUUGGAAAUGCUCGUUGCACCAGCUUCAGGGACCGGCUAUACAACUUCAGUAACACCGGUCGUCCCGAUCCAAGCCUCGACCAAGGAUACUUGAGAGAGCUGCAGGCAAGAUGUCCACCGUCAGGAGGUGACAACAACAUUUUCAACCUGGAUUUGCAUACCCCGACCGAGUUCGAUACGUCCUACUUCACCAAUCUCAAGUUUAGCAAGGGCCUCCUCAACUCUGAUCAGGUCCUGUUUAGCACUCCCGGAGCCAGCACCAAGAACUUAGUGAGCACCUACGACUUUGCUCAGGAUAGUUUCUUCAAUGACUUUGCAGUUUCCAUGGUGAAGAUGGGAAACUUGAACCCUCUCACUGGUACCAACGGUGAGAUUCGGAAAAACUGCCGAGUCGUAAACAGCUGAAGAAUGAGAUACUCUUGUAACACUAUCACAACAAUCGCAUCAGAGAUUCCUCAAAGAGACAAGUCAAAUGAAAUAAUUUCACAUACCAAAAGGCUGUGCUUCGCUUUCUGAAUUUCCUUUCCGUUAUAGCACUACAGCAGACAUGCCUGCACUGUAGCCAUCAUAUUGUCUGAAGCUAAAACAAGAAAUAUUAAAAGUUACCUCGAAAAAGCAUCGGUGUCAAAUCAUUUUGCUUGUAAAGUUGCGACUGACGCGAGCCGCAGAAUGCCAAUCACA